GCAAAGGAAGCACCAGUGGCGCAAGACGACCCGAUGAGCCCGAUGUUGUCCGCCUGUCCACUGCAGCGAGGCGUCGCAUCAUUACGUACUAUACCAUAACUGCGAUCCAUCAUAAAAUCCAUACAUCCGGGCAACUGCCCUCCACUGAGCUUUACGUGAUGGACAGACAGCCCCGUUCAAUGUUGAACUGUGGACGCCGAGUGGUCCUGGCAUGACGUACAGUUAGUGGACCCCAAUGACCAGACCAAACAAGCAGGCGUCCUUCCCUCUUGUUGUCUUGGGAGGUUUGGGGGAUAUAAGUAGAAGCAAGUAGCCGCAGUUCAGGUUGUCUUUGUCUUAUUCCGCAUUCAUCUUGAACAAGAGCGUUCACAGCAUCAUCAAACAUCAGUACUACAAGCAUCUGUUUAUGUGCAAUACUCCAGGAUUCAGAUUCCCACCAAACAUACAGUUUCAGCAACACCCCAGCAGCAGAACAUCUAGCAACAUGAACUCCAACGUCGGAAACGCCCAGGUCUACGAGGCCGGAGACCAGCGCAACCCGAAGCAGUCCGAGAUCGAGACCCCCGACCGCUACAACGAGGGCCAGGCUCAUGCCCACAGCAACAUGGACUCCAAGGACGAGAGGUCAAUCAAGAACCGUCUGGCCGCAGCAGAGGCCGCCGACGACUCGCAUCAGGACAGCAGAGAGACACAGUUGCACAAGAAGGACCCAACACUCCCCGCAAAGGAUCACGGCAACGAGCCAUCCCGAGGUGCCAAGAUCGAUGCAGAGAUCCAGGCAGAAGAAGAGGAGAUCCUAAAGAAGAAGGGCGCGAGCUUGCCAGGGCAAAAAUGGUAGAUCAAGACGAGGGAAAUUGACAAUUGUUUGUUUUGUUUUGGGUAGGACACGAGCAACAACUAGGCAUUGUUAUCAUUAGGGGCAUCGCCAGCAUUGGGAUAGGUAUUGCGGCAGGUAAUACAACGAACAGCGUUUUGUUAAAUGAACAACACCUUUCACGAUUCAAGGUGGCAUUUUUCGCGUUGCCUUUUUGAAACACGGGGCUAGUAAUCGUUAGGGAUUUUAUGUUGUCUGAACGGCAAGGGCUGCGUAGUCGUUCAAGGAGCGUAUAUCUCUUCGUGUUUAUGCAUAUUGUCGUGUUAUUCUCAACUUUU